CCGUCAGGUCCGUGUCCAAAACCGAGCAAAACCUCAAAGCGAAGACAAGAGAAGCUCGCUCGCCACCGAGGGGAAUGGCGGCGCCGCCGGACAGCAAGUCUGAUAAAUCCCCAGAGGAGCUCCUGUGCGCGGCGGCGGAGGCCGGCAACGACGAUGCCAUCGCUGAGCUCAUUUCCACUGGCGCCGACCCCACCUACUUCGACGCAUCCGGCAUGACGCCACUCAUGCGCGCGGCCACCGGCGGCCACGCCGCUGCCGCGCGGCUCCUGCUCGAUGCCGGCGCGCCCUGGAACGCGCUCUCCCCCGAAGGUCUCUCUGCGGGUGACCUUACCUCCGACCCCGCCACAUACGACCUGCUCCUCGACCACGCCCUGCGCUCCGAGCUCAUCCUCGGCACCGUCGCCCGCCGCCAGGCGGCCCCCGCGAACUCCUCCGACGGCGUCCCCGCUGAGACCUACCUCGACUCGAGGGUUUCGUUCAGCGAGGACCGGGUGAUGGAUGCGGAGAGCAAGGCGGUGAUGAUGGAGUGGGAGCGUCCGCUGAUGGAGGCGCACGCGCGGGCGGUCUGCGCCGCCGGCGGCGGCAAGGUGCUCAACGUGGGGUUCGGGAUGGGGCUCGUGGACCAGGCGAUGCAGAGAUACGAGCCCGAGGAGCACACCAUCAUCGAGGCCCACCCGGAGGUGUACGCCCGGAUGCUCAAGCUCGGGUGGGGUGAGAAGAAGAACGUCAGGAUCCUCUUCGGGCGAUGGCAGGAUGUGAUCCCGCAGCUAGGCUCAUAUGACGGUAUAUUCUUCGACACCUACGGGGAGUACUACGAGGACAUGAGGGAGUUCCACGAGCACCUCCCCAAGCUGCUGAGGCCCGGAGGGGUCUACUCCUACUUCAACGGGCUGUGCGGCGACAACGCCUUCUUCCACGUGGUGUACUGCCAGCUGGUGGCGAUGGAGCUGGCGAGCCUCGGGUACUCGACGCAGUUCGUCCCUCUCCCCGUCAAGGACUGCCUCAAGGCGGAGGUGUGGGAGGGGGUGAAGCAGAAGUACUGGCAGCUGGACACCUACCACCUCCCGGUCUGCCAGGCAGAAUCUGAAUCAGAGUAGUAGAAUUUGGCCCUGCCGGUGCUGAAUCUGUGUCACUGGUGAAUGGUGAUUAAGAUUGUACUGCUAGCUGGUUCGCUGUUGUGCGUUUGUUCAGGAUUAAGCCAAGCUUGCCUCCUUGUGGACUAUGAUCGAUGAAAGAAAGAACUGCCGUGGAAACUUUGGUUCGCGGCAUGGAUUCUUCUUGCCA